AAAUUUUCCUGAUAGAAAAUGUGGCAUUAAUCGGAAAUUCAAUCCAUUCUUUUCUUAAGCUUCCUUCAACCUUCUUGUCAGAUUCGCAUCUACCAUUUUCCUGCCACACCAGCGGAAUCGUCUCCUUAUAAAUACGGACAAUCUAACUGCAUUUGGCGUUUUCACGGAUUAUUCGCUCAAAAGCCGGUUCGAGCUUCUCUUUCCUUGUAACCGUAAACAGACUGGCCAUGCUGAGCAGUUUUACUAAAAAUCAACACCUGCCUGUAUAUAAGCGACGAAAUGCGAGUUCCCAAGCGUUCAUUUUCGUUUUGCCUUUCCAUCUUCUCCCCUCCUCUCUACUCCAGCUCUCCUCUUUCUCGAAACUUCCGUUUCUACUCCCGCUGCAAUUUCGCCGACAAAGGCAGGCCGCUUCGUUCUCCAGGUGUGUUGUUCUGCGCGUUAGUUUCCGUACGUGAAUGAAUGGAGAGUAUGAUUCUUCUGUUUCGUGAUUUGUCUUGCUCUGCUGUUGCGGGUGGAUUGCGCUUGUGUUUCCUUGUGACUUGAUUCCUAGUCUUCUUGCUUGUGUCGGAUACAUGCGACAAAUUGAGUGCUACUUCGAUUCUCUGUUUUGCUAUGGCUGGUGUGGGCUUGAAGGACCAGAAAAAACCAGUUGGAAGAGAAAAUGCGGCUGAUGAUGAUCAGAGUUCUUCCAUAUGGGCAUCUCCACGAGGAAGCAAAAUUGGCAAGGGACAACAGAUAUUUUGCAAUAGAUCUCUCAACAUGAAAAAUAUAGUUGCUGUUGGGUUUGACAUGGAUUAUACUUUAGCACAGUACAAAGCGGAGACGUUCGAAACUCUUGCAUAUGAAGGAACCAUAAAGAAUCUGGUCGAGGAUUUGGGGUAUCCUCGAGAGAUGUUGCAAUGGGGCUUUAAUUGGAGCUACAUGGUCAGAGGAUUAGUUUUGGACAAGAAAAGAGGGAAUAUAUUGAAAAUGGACAGGCACAAAUAUGUCAAAGUUGCUUACCAUGGAUCUCGGGAAAUGUCAAAAAAGGAAAAAGUUGCAACUUAUGGCAAUACUUUGCUUCAAGAUCCAUUUGAUGAACCUGAUUAUGCACUUAUUGAUACUCUCUUCUCCCUGGCUGAAGCAUACUUAUUUUCUCAACUAGUGGACUUCAAGGACAAAAACCCUGGAAAAAUUCCUGAAGACCGCGACUAUUCUCGGAUAUACAAGGAUGUUCGUGCGGCAGUAGAUAUGUGCCACCGUGAUGGGACCUUGAAACAGACAGUAGCACAAGAUCCUAAGAGAUAUAUCAUAGAGGACAUUAAAAUUGUUCCUAUGCUAGAAAUGCUGAGAAAAUCUGGGCGUGCUGUUUUUUUGGUGACUAACAGUCUGUGGGACUAUACAAAUGCUGUGAUGAACUUUCUCUGUGGACCCAAAGCAUCAGAUGCUUGUGCUGCUGAGACAUCUGAAUGGCUUGAUCACUUUGAUGUUGUCAUCACUGGCAGCGCGAAACCAGGUUUUUUCCAUGAUGAAAGACGUGCUAGCAUUUAUGAGGUGGAACCUAAAUCUGGGAUGCUGAUGAAUACUGAUAAUGGCACACCUAUGGCUCUGGUGGAUGGGAGUCCGAUAAGAGUGCCAACAAAGAGCUCCACGGGAAAAAAUAAAAUUUAUCAGGGAGGAAAUGUUGGUCAUUUGCACAAAUUACUCAACGUUGAGUCUAGUUCACAGGUUCUUUAUGUUGGGGAUCACAUUUAUGGUGAUAUUUUGCGCAGUAAAAAAGUUUUAGGUUGGAGAACCAUGCUAGUUGUUCCAGAGCUUGAAAGGGAGAUUGAACUUCUUUGGAAACAUACGGAUAGAAGGAAGAAACUUUUGUCUCUGAGGAGCGAGCGUGAUCGCAUUGAAGAUAAAAUACACCAUCUCGAGUGGUCUCUCAAGUCUCAAGGUGAGCAGCGUACUGAAGAGCUUCGUCAACUGGAGUCUGAGAGAGAUGAAGUUAGGCAUGCUCAUCAAGAGGAACAACGUGAAUAUCAUCAGGAGUUCCAUCAUAUCUGGGGACAACUAAUGAAGGCUGGCUAUCAGAACUCUCGCUUUGCCCAUCAGGUUGAGAGGUUUGCGUGUUUGUAUACCAGCCAGGUCACAAAUUUGAGCCUCUAUUCUCCGGAUAAAUACUAUAGAACCAGUGAAGAUUUUAUGCCCCAUGAGUUUGAUAUCCUCUCAGAGUAAAUGAUGCCACCUGACAGGCAUUUAAAAGAGAAGCUGAAUUGUAAAAUUUGGAUGUGGCUUCUAUCCAGCUGAGGGAAGGACCUUUAGGUUUCAUUUGUGAACUUGAUUGACUGUUAUUUGUUUCUUCUUCUCGAGACAUACAUAAGCAAGAAACUCAAAUUGGCUACAUGUUUUUCUUUUUUCUUUUGUGGUUCUCAACUAUUGGUGUGGAUAUAAGUGCCUGGACAUCUUUCAAAUAGAAACGUGGUGUUUAGUGGAAUCUUUCCCCUUUUAUC